UGCAGCCACAUUGAAUUCAGCUCUAAAAUAAUAAAAUCCUGAAUAAAAACUAAAAACAACAACAACAAAUGAGCGCACAAAACACCUCAUACGAUCGCUUUCAAAGCAAACACAAAUCAAACAAAAUGGCCACACAUGCAGCGUCCACCAGUCCAGUCAGAUGGAAUAAAACGAAAGCUACGAAUAACACAAAACCCAUAAAAUCCACAAAAACUGCACCAAACUGCACUGAACCAUACCACCGAAACCGGGAGCGCAGGCAUCACAGAGCAACAAUAGCAAAAACUACAAUGCCUUCGUUUACACCUUCGACAUUUCUACUACUCUGCACCCUCACACUGCUGAGUCUGCUUUCGCACGCGUACGCCUUCUGCCCCUCCAAAUGCCAGUGCCUCAGUGGCGAUGCCAAUAGUCGGGCUUAUUGCGUUGACGCCGCGCUCGAGGAUGUGCCCAUACAAUUGAAUCCCGAAACGAAAUAUAUCAAUUUGACACGAAAUAAGAUACGCAACCUUGAAUUCACGUUGCCCUUUUACAUGAAGCUAGAAGUGCUGGAUCUCUCACAAAAUAUCAUCGAAACACUUGGCUCGAAAAAUUUCGAAUAUCAAAAGGAUAUGCGUACAUUGAAUUUGAGUCGUAAUUCGGUGAGCGCACUGCAAAAGGACGCCUUCAAGGGAUUGAGCAAUUUGUUGGUGCUCGAUUUGAGCUACAAUCGCAUUGAGGUGGCGCAUCCGAGCGCAAUGAGCAAUCUCACGUCGCUAAUUAAACUCGAUCUGACAAAUAAUAAUAUAGUGAGUUUGGAGGACAAUUGUUUUCGCAAUAUGAUAUCCUUAGAGAUUUUGAUUUUCAAAAAUAACCAGCUGCUGGAUGUGCCAUCGAAUAAUUUGCAACAUUUGCAUGCGCUCAAAUCGCUAGAUUUAUCUGAUAAUCUGGUGGAAUAUGUGCGCAACGAUAGCUUUGAAGGUUUGCGAGAGUUGAUGGUGCUGACGAUGAGAGGCAAUGUGAUCUCCGAGUUGGAUUUGAGCGCCUUUGAGGGGCUGACAACGCUGAAGCAUCUGGAUUUGGCCGAUAACAACUUGACGAUUGUGCCUACACAGCAACUUUCGAAGUUAUCCAAUCUCACCUACUUGUCGCUUAGCGGCAACCGGUUCAAUCAGCUGCCUGCUGUAGCUUUUCUAAAUCUGUUCCAUUUGCGUGAAUUGCAUUUGAAUCGUUUGGAUCGUCUCAAUCGCAUUGAUUCAAGAUCUUUCAUCGAUAAUACUCAUCUACAAGAGCUCCAUCUCAGCAACAAUCCCCAACUUUACGACAUCCCUAUGCGCCUCUUCCAGGGCAAUCCCAACGUACUCGAAAUUUACAUGCAAGGCAACAGUCUACAAACACUCUACUCCGCACAAUUCCCCGUCGAUCAACUGGAGCGCCUGUACCUCGGCGACAAUCCACUACAAUGCAAUUGCUCGCUGCUCUGGCUAUGGCGUCUUGUCACCGGCAACUUUGAUGGCGAAUCCAACAACAUUGCCGGUGUACAUGUCACGCACAGUCAGGGCGAAGCGGCCGUGGCAGCGCUGGGUGCAGCCGAUGCCGGUUCAGCGCAAGCAGCUGCCGCCGCAUAUGUGGCACAGCAAAAACAUAUACCAACGCAACCCGCACGCACCAGCAGCUCCUCCACCGGUUAUCUACAACUCGACAUCGAACGCAUCGGAUGUGACAUUUGGCAGGAUAAUGUGCGCACACGUCGUCGCCUCGCAACCAUGUCCGAAAGUGACAUCACCUGCCCCGCGCACAUUGUCACCAUAGUUUGCGCCAUCUUCACACUCUUGCUCGUGUUCGCCAUCGGCGCCAGCAUUCUUUUCUAUCUGCGCUUUGUGAAGCGACGCCGAAAGCUGUUGCAUGACCGUUCGCUCACCCGUUCGGGCAAAUCGAUCGUAAACGUACACGAUCGCAUACUACAACAUCAGCCGCUGGGCGCUGGCGGUGCGCUAGGCAUGGGUGUGGGCGGUCUCACCUAUCCACAUCAUACGUUGCAGCAACAGGGUGGCACACAUCACGCCAUGCUACCGCUGCAUCCGCAUGAGUAUCAACAAACGCUGCCGGCACAAGUGGACAAACUGGAAUUGGAACGAUAUCUGGCGGCGCAGGCGAUCGCCAAUGAGUAUCGUGCCUUGAAACCAUGGGAGCUGCCGCCAGUAAAGGAUGCGAAUGCGUACAGCGAUGAACCGGAACAUUUGUAUGAAAAGUUCGACCACUACGACUAUCCGGACAUGCAGACGAUGAGCAAGUCCAAGCAGGCGGCGCUCAUGUCCACCACUGAUGACGGUAAUACGCCCACCCCCAAUGGCAUGGUGCAGAUGGGUAAGAUUGGUGCUGGCGGCACAGCGGCUAAGCCGCAUGUCGUCUACGUAUGACUCCCGGGUGGGCAAGUGGGUGUUGGCGCUAAGGGUAAUGCAAGUGAUGAGUACGGAGAUAUGGGUAUGGAGGCCGAAGGCGAAAUGCGCUACUGCAUCAACAACAACUACAGUAGUUACGUGAAACUAGUUUAGAACGUGGGCACGGAGGCGGAUAGUAGCAGAGAGAGUGGCGCUGGAAGAGAGCUCAUUAAAAGAAGAGAGAGCGCGAUGCAGCGAGCGAACGAGAUGGAGAUGAGUGUAUUCGAAUGUAAACAGCUGAAUUGGGCGAAACGCAUGUAAGAAGAGUGUCAGCAAAGAGAGCAGAGAGCAAGGAAAAGCAAGCGCUUUAAUUGUAAAAGCUGCAAAAAACAGCUAUAAAUGUAUAAACAAAGCUAAGGUCAUAUGAACGCAGCGAUAAAUCGAAACAAGGGUAUAUGUUAGUAAUAAGUUCUAAACACAUAUAUACAUACAUACACCAAGAGCAACAACAAUACAAGCAAACGUUAUGCAUUAAUAUUCAUGAUAUGUACUAAUUUAGCCAUAGAUGAAAUUUUCGCGAAGAGUUUCCUGCAAAACUUAAACAAAAACAUGAAAUAAAAUAUAUUUGCGUAAACGUAACAAGAAACAAUGUAAAAUGAAACAAGGGAUACGUAUAGAGUUAAAAUAGCUAAAUUACAAAUUAAGUAAAUCUAAAGCAAAACUAAAAACAAAAAUCAUAAAUAUGAAAAAUUAAUUACUAAGAAGCAAAACUAAAAAUUCUUAAAAAACAAAAAACAAAUAGCCGGAAAACUAUGCAGUAGAACUUAAACUAUAAGCAAAAACCUAAAAUCAAGUUCAAGUUGAAAAAUUGCAAAUAAUGCCUACAUAAAAUAUAAAUUUAUUUCGAAAUGGGUGUGAAAGUAAUGUGAAAAAGGAGGCACUUAAUAAUAACAAAGCAAAGCAAAAAAAGAA